GGGAGGAGCUGGCGGUGCCUCCUGUCUGACCAUAGGGAGGAGGAAGAGGAGAUCGUCGAAGUUGCUAGGAGUUCUUGCAACUGCGUGAUCGACAAAUAGGCGAUUUACCCUGCGAGGGCCGCAGCUACUGAAUUUAGGGCAAGUCCGCUGCAACCGCAGAAUAAACGCGUGGAGAUGGCUGCGGCGUGGUGGGUCUCGCUGCCGCUGGCUAGGCUUCUGUUCGCUGCAGUGUUGGCCCUCCUAAGGGCAGGUGCUUUUGAAAUUUCUCUUCCUCUGGGUGGAAACAUAACAGUUAAAAUAAAACCUGGAUUUUCUUUUCUAAAUACCUGUGCACUGCAUGAAGGAAAAAAAACUUAUUUUUUUGAGCAAAUCAUAAACCCUGGACAGAAGUUUCAAUUUACCUUUAAUUGUUCAACACCAGAGAAAUAUUGGUCCAUACUUGUGGAGAAAAACAUUGAUUGUCUGUCAGGUCCAUGUCCUUUUGGAGAUGUUCAGCUUCAGCCUCCUGGAUUGCCAAAUCUUAAUAGGACUUUCAUUUGGGAGGCUAAAGCUAAUCGAAGAGUUGGACUUGAACUGAAAUUCUUUCCAUGGUUAAGGCAAAUUCUGCCUGGAGACACCUGCCCUGAUCAAAUUAUUUACAACAUUGGCAGUCGUCUGGGAAAAGAUAGAGUCCACAUUGGAACCUUCUGCAGAAAUGGUUCAGUGUCACGGGUAAAGGCACAAGGUGACGCUAUUUUGAGUCUACAACUUCCUUGGGAUUCAAAACUUGCAACCUCUGGAGUUAAGCUUGAAAGCAGAUCAUCCAUACAACGACUCUGCAUUAUAGAAUCUACAUUUAAAGGCAAAUCAUCAGCAACUUUGAUGUCUGCAAAUUAUCCAUUGGGGUUACCAGAAGAUGAACUCAUGACAUGGCAGUUUGUUCUUCCAUCCAGUUUAAGAGCAGAUAUCAACUUCAUCAAUUAUACAAAACCGAACUGUGAACGGAAAUAUGAACGGGUGGAAUACUCAUUACCCAAUUAUUCUCCUGAUGCUAGAGUCUUAUCCCUGGAUGAUGUGCAACCUGUCAAUAUUCCUGGCAGUUUCAACCUUUCCCUGUAUGGAUGUGACCAAGAUGACAUGAAGCCAGGGUUCCUCAGACUCUUAUUUAAAGUGAUAGUAAAUUACCCUAAAAAUGAAGAGAAUGUAACCUACAAAAUUGAUCUAAUACAUGAGAAGACUAAUCUUACAGUUUAUUCAAAAUCAUCAAUGAAUGAAUGUUUGAUCUGUGUUCACUCUAGCAGAAACUGCAGACCAAAUGUGACAUUAGAAUAUGGUCGCACAUAUUUUGUUACCUUCUUGUGCCAAAAUUUGGAGAAUAUAAGGAUAAUUGCUGAGCAAAGUAUAGUUUGCUGGAAUGCCAGAACAUGUGAAAAUCUAUUCUUCCAGCUGGCUGUACCUUCGGUUCUUCUCCAGCUGCCAAUUUUAAUUGAGACAUUUACAUGGAAAAUUCAAGCUCUUGAAGCAGUGAAUAUAGAAAUCAGGUCCUCCACCUUGAAACUCAAGCAACAUAUCCCAAACCGGGAUCAAAGGUGCAAUGGAAGUUAUAGUUAUAUUAUUAAUGGCUCCAGUCCAGGAAGGUCAUGGAGUCUUGGUUAUUUUUGUCCUGUUGGAGACAUUGAAAAAAUCCAGAUUAAAGAUAAUGUCACCAUAACCCUUAAGACAUUUGGCAAAAGAUGGUUCAAUGAGUCUAAUGCUCAGAAAGGGGAUCUGAAGCUGUUUUUUAAGCCAGUUCUACAAGAAGAUUGCAUUUUCACCCUUAGUCCGGAUCGAAAGACCAAAGUUUAUGUACAGACUCCUAACUGGCUGGAAGGCCUUCUUCCUUUUAUGUCAGUGUAUUGGAAUAUCAGUGUCCUGCCAAAGCAAGUUGCACGGCUGACAUUCUUAAAUGAAAGGAUGGGCAUAACAUGUGAAAAGAGUAGGGCUUUUAUCUACAUUAAAGAACAGAGUGCAAAAGCCUUAGAAACUGUGUGCCGUGAUGAUAAUGUACUCCCGAGGACUUUGAAUUUGAGACAGCAUUUUUGGAUUAAUAUCACUAAUUGUAAACCAUCUGCCAAGCAACAACUGAGUUUGCAAUUCUUAGUGACAUUUCAAAAAAAUUCAGAUUUGACCGUCAUAAUUGGUGUGGUGGCUGGUGGGAUGGCAGUUCUAGCUAUUACUGGGCUCCUCAUCUGCUAUGUUAAGAAAAAAAGAAAAAGCAAAAGAAAGGAAAGUCAUAACCCUGUGGUGGGAGUUUAUAAUACCAAUGUCAACACCUUGUUACCUGGAAGGCAGGGCAUUUUUAAAAAGGAGAGGAAGAAGAAUGAUUCUCAUGUCUAUGCAGUCAUUGAAGAUGUUAUGGUUUAUGGGCACCUGCUUGAUAAUUCUACAAGACCAGAGAUGGCUGAGGUAGGGGUGUACAGGCCCUUUUCUGGACCAGUAAGUACUACACCACCUUCCCCACCUCCAAUCAGAAAAAUAUCUAAGAGCUCAGACCUGCAGGAAUCAUCAAACAUGCUUGUAACUGAUAGUGAGGACUAUACCUUUGCACGUCAUGUGCCAGAGAAUAUUCAUAAUGGUGACCUGAAUGUGAAUGGUAAUGGACACGUGGGCAGCAGGAACAAUGAACAGGGAAAUUCUGUGGACUAGACUUGAUAUCUUGAUGAUCUGUGACUUCUCUGAUUCAAAGAAAAAACUUAUAACUCACUUAUGGGUUGUAUUUGAAAACUAUUUAUGUGGUUUCUUUUUACUAAAAUAUAGAUAGCAGAUCUGUUCAUAUUUUGGGAAAGAGGUUUCUGAGGAUGUAAUGCCAUACUUUGUUGUAUAGAAUGCAACAACUUUGAAGUUUACAGAUUUUUAAUCUUCAAUAUAAGUAAACUUUUUUUAAAAAGUCAGCAAACCUGAAUGUUAAACAAAACUAAGAAAUUAGGUUAGCAAAAGAACUCUUAAUCCAAAGAUUGUGCUGGAUAAUGAGCAUUAAAUGCAAGAAUUGUGCUUUUUGUAAAUGAGAUUUUUACUUAUUGUCCUUACACACAUUGUAUAAUAUAUGUAUUUUUAAAAAAAUAUUACUUUUUAAUUUUAGCUCUGUGGAAAUAAUUUAGUGAAUUUUAACAAAUUAUCCUCAGUUACACAUUUCAAAGGGUGGACAACACUAAGUUUGUAAUGAAAAUAAAAGGACCAUUCUGCAAUUAAUGGAAUUAUUGUUCCACUGUUACAAAGUAAUUGACUGUAAAAGUAUUCUGAUACAUAGGAAACAAGCCUUCUGAGAUAUUUCGACUUGAGUUCUAUGGCUUCUUGGCCACUUUAUGCUAAGAACCAAUAAGAUUUCUUGGAAACCAAUAUAAGAUUAUUAUAUAGAUAUGUACACAUUACCAGUAGUCAGUCUGUGCAUCCAUUUGUCUACUUUUGAGAAAGGAAGGUACAGAAGUUCCUUUGUAGAUACAGUUUUGAACACAUCAUGAGACGGUAGCAUAGGCAUACUAUAGAUUGGCCUAUUGUGAAUUACGGUAACCUUUAAUAGUUUGGGUUGAAUACCUGAUUUGGAUAAUGUCCACUCCAACUGACUCAGGAUAGCAUACAGUAGAACCAAUAGAAUAAAAACAGAACAUAGUAAUCCUAAAAAAAUUUAAAAAGUAAACAACAAAAAACAGUGGUAGAUACGGCAAACCACACCCAUAUAGAAUGGGUAUCCUAACCCAAGACCUGAGAAAUCAGAAUGCAAAAAAGGAACAGGAAAGAUAUAGUUCAGCAGGUUUUAUUUGUUUUUUUUUAAAGUUUAUUAUUCUUAUGGAAUGUAUCUUGAAAGAUACUUUUGCAAUACACAGAAUUCUACUCAAUACAUUUCAAUGGAUGAGAAGAUGUGGAAAAGCAUUUUUACUUCAGCUUGAAUUUAGCAUUUUGAAGUUCUACGUAAGCAGCUAACAGCUGCAAAAAACUUCUGCAUUGUUGUAACCACAGUGACUCUUGCACAAUGUAUUUUCCUGGUGAAGUGUAUGAGACGAUUGUUUUUAGAAAGAAGAAUUAAUAGUCAAAAUGAAUUCCUAGAAUCCAGAAGGAGUUAUGGUCACACUUUGUAUGUGCAGCGAAGCUUCUGAAAGCAUCCCUUCCUCCUGCUUUGCUGAGCAAACAGAUUGUUCCUGGGGUUGGACAACUUUCUGGAAUGGCAUGUGCGUUGUAAUGAAUUGACAAAAAGAGCUGAGCAUGCUAAGACUGCUAUGAAAUUGCCACAUUUUCGUGAUUGAUCUGUAUGAAAAAUUAAACUAUUUAGAAUAUAUAUUGUACAUCUGUAAUUAUUUCUAUUAUCCUAUUUCAGGGAUUGCAAAUGUUUGAAAAGUUUCAGGCUGCAUCACAAAGCCUCCCGAUUUUUUCAAAGGCUGCAGGAAGCCUUUUGAUGAUGCUACAGCAUCACAGGAAAAGUCAAAUAUGAGAUUAGCCAAGCUUUUAAUGUUCUGUUUAAUCAUUUCAUUUUACUGGAUCCUUGAUGCUCUCUGAGCUUGGUUGUUUGUUUGAGACAUUUCAUUAUCCAAUCAGAUAACAUUAUCUGUACUACUGAGUGUGGGGAGUGUUGCUUCCUGUUUAUGUACUAUUUUUAUUUUACUUUAACUGUGUGGUUAGAUAUAAACUGAACUACUGUUUGUUUUAUAAAGAAUUAUGUAUGAUAUUGGUCCUUAUAUCCUCAGGCAAACAAGAUUGAGUUUGUUUACAUUCUUAUAUAUGCAUAUUGUUAAUUUUGUCAGGGAUGCUUGGGAUUAUUUAAUGAAAAAGAAAGUAUAUUAAAGCACAGUCAAUUGUCCUUCUAAAGUUGCAAAAAUAUUUUCUGUUAGCAUAAUUAUUUCUGAAAUCAACAUUCUUGUCAACAGCAAGAGUUUUAUUACUUUUAUCACUAAUAGAAGAUAGGUUGUUAGAUCCAAAACUCCAAAUAACCAAAUUUUAGUAUAAACUGUUGGGUCAAAUAAACAUUAUAAAACUACUUUCUUCUCCUAUCUCAUUUUUUACUUUUAUGUCACAAUUUCUAUUCUUUAGUUAUUACAACUUGUUCUUUAUAUAUUUCUUUCUUACUUUUAAAAACCUUACUAAGUUGUUUUCUUAAUUUAGAAUAUUUGUAAAUGUUUGUCACAUUUUGAAUAUGAAUGGAAGUAUUGAUGUUAGCGUUUUCAUAGUCUUGUAACAUGGUGGUUCUUAUAUGUUCCUCUGACACAGCUGUUUUAUUUAAUUUGCAUUAAUGCAUACAAUUGAAAUGUUUGUGUAUAUGCAUAUUGUAUAUACUUUGUUCAUUCUUCAAAUUGAAAUAAAAGAAUGUUUACAAUUACAAGGAUAA